GUUGAAAGGCCUUGAGGGAAUAAAAAAAUUCGCCAUGAAGAUGUUUGGCUUCAACAUUUUGCUGGUAAUCAUUUCGACUAUAUCAUCCAAUGAAGCGUACCGAAUUUUGGGCGUUUUUCCGCUGAAUGGAAAGAGCCAUUUUGUUAUGUUCGAACAAUUGAUGAAAGGACUAGCAAAACGUGGUCACCAAGUGGAUGUUGUCAGUCAUUUUCCACUGAAAAAACCCUUUCCGAACUACAGUGACGUCGUUGAUCUGUCCGGAACCAUACCUGCAGUGCUAAACAAUAUGACCUAUGAUUUUGUAAAAUCAACUCUGGUUAACUCCGCAGUGGUUCCUCUGCUCGCAACCCAGUUUGGCGGGGAUCUAUGCGAUCUAAUGGGUCAUCCACGUUUUAGAGAGCUGAUAAAAAAUCCUCCGAAAGAUUCUUCUUAUGACCUUGUAAUCACGGAGAUAUUUGGUGCCUCUUGCUACUUGGCUCUGGGUCAACAUUUCAAUGUCCCCAUCGUGGGUCUCUCGUCUUCUGUAUUAUUACCGUGGGCAAACGACAUCGUUGCAAAUCCUGACAAUCCAGCCUACGUACCAAAUGUUUUUUCCGACAAUAAUGGUCGGAUGAACUUUUUCCAAAGAGUACAAAACGCUCUGAGCUUGUGGAUAGCAAAAUGGGAAUUCAACAGCUACAGCGCUUAUCAGGAUGAUAAAAUACAAAAGUAUCUUGGCCCUAAUGCAAUAAGUCUCAGAGAAGCUGAACGGAACGUGUCACUGAUCCUUGCCAACUCUCACUACAGUUUGCACGGAAUCAGACCGUACACAACGGCUGUUGUCGAAGUCGGAGGACUUCAUAUUCCGCAGGAAGUAGACGCACUGCCCAAGGAUCUGCAAAAAUGGUUGGACGAUAGCAGAGACGGUUUCGUGUACAUGUCUUUUGGAUCCAUGAUAAAAAUAGAGUCUUUUCCAAAGGAAACUCUCGCUGCCUUGUACAAUUCAUUGCACAAGUUGGCACCAGUUCGCGUAUUGAUAAAAAUAGCAAAACCACAAGAAUUGCCACCUGGUCUACCAAGCAACGUUCUAACUCUCUCUUGGGUUCCUCAAGUACCAGUCCUCAAACACAAACAUGUGCGUGCAUUCGUGACUCACGGAGGUCUUAUGGGAACUCAAGAAGCGAUCUACUGCGGAGUUCCAAUGAUAGGAAUUCCUCUUUUUGGAGAUCAAAUGCAGAACAUUAAGCUGUAUGUUCAGAAAAAGAUAGCAGUAGCUCUGGAACCUGAUCAACUAACAGAGGAAAAAUUAGACACAGCUUUUAGAACCGUGCUAGGCGAUCCUUCGUACUUGCAAGCGGCGAAGAAAUUCUCUAUUGAAUUUCGAGAUCGCCCAAUGAGCGCAAUGGACACGGCUACUUUCUGGAUUGAGUAUGUUAUUAGACACGGUGGAACAAAUCUCAAGUCACCAGCGAUGGAUUUAACUUGGUGGCAAAUUUCACUGCUGGAUAUUUAUGGGGCUCUGUUUCUGUCCGUUGCUUUCAGCGUGUACUUGGUUAAAGUUAUAAUUACUACCCUAAUAGUAAUAGUUACUGGGAGUAAUAUAAACAGUGUGAAACAAUCUAAGAAAGUGAAAUAAUUCGCAAACGUAGUUCAGGUUGAGUAACCCUCGGGUGGGGGAAUAAAAAGGAGCCAGUAGGGUAAGA